ACGGUUUGCAAUUUCGAGUGCGGGUUUUUCUGUGAAAAUUCUAUUGUUUGUCUGUAAAAAUGUCUUACUCCUUUGUGGAGCAUCGUGAUCCCAGCAUUGAUGUGUACAAUCGGCCCCUGCCUUCGCGCCAAGUUCGUCUGGAGCCGCAGCUCAAGGAGGUGGACGAGGAGAGCAGUUUGGACUCGUCCUACACGAGAGACGCCGUUGAAUCCUCCGAGAAUUGUGCUCUUCCCGAGGGCAGGGCUGAGGUAUAUCUGCGACUGAGGGCUCUGGCUGACGGCGAAGAGCGCCACAAUGUGUACAAGUCGAGUCUCUCGGGCCUGAAGGUGGUGUGUCCGAAGAGCGACGCUGCCGGACGCAGCAAGACGCCCUGCACUCAGCUCUACUCAUUCACGAGAGUCUUCGAGCCGCUCAACACCCAACGGGACGUGUACGACUCGGCGAUAAAGAACCACAUUGACAAUGAGGAGCACGCAGUGUUUGUCACUUACGGGACUUCCGGAUCGGGCAAAACCUACACACUCUUGGGGGACAAGAAUAGUCCAGGCAUUGUUCCCAGAGCGGUCCAGCAAAUAUUCACAAAGUACGAGGACAAACUGGCUCCGCAGCCCACAAUUAAGUACCAAAAUGGAUUACUCGAGCUGCUCGAUGACGACAAAGCUGUGCAGGAAAUGAUCUUGCGCCGGAAGAUCCUAGAGUCGCCAGACUCGCAGAGCGGCAUUUAUGACUACAGUGCGAUGCAGGAAGUGAUAGAGCGCGAAGAGGGCUUCUCGACUGAGGACAUCAAUGAUCACUAUGUGUUCAUCUGGGUGUCCUUUCUGGAGAUUUACAACGAGAAAGUGUACGACCUGCUCGACACAGCGCCACUGGAGAGGGGCAUGAAGAGGCCAGAACUGAAGGUGAUUUCCAACAAAGGACAUCCCUAUGCCAAGAAUCUCACGCACAUUUAUGCCAAGAGCAGCGAAGAUGUGGUGAAGAUCCUCAAUUAUGGCCUCAAUCGCGUGAAUUACGCUUCAACCAUGAUCAACACUUCGUCGAGUCGCUCACACACACUCUUCAAUGUGCUCGUGAUUAAGAAUUCCCAGAAGGACUACAGCUGCAUUUCGUACUGCUUCGGCGAUUUGGCGGGUUCGGAGCGUCUCAAGAAGACUGAAAAUAUGGGCGAUCGCCUCCGUGAGGCGCAGAAUAUCAACAAGUCGCUGAUGUUUCUGGGAAAGUGUCUCAAUGUGCUGCACGAGAAUCGACAGAGGAAGCUGAUGAAUAUUGUGCCAUUUCGCGAGUCGAAACUCACACUCCUCAUUCAGACGGCACUCAUGGGCAAGGAGAAUUUGGUGCUCAUCGUGAAUCUGUGGCCCAUCGAGACGUACUACGAGGAGAAUCUGAGAGUGCUGGACUUUGCUGCCAUCGCCAGGGAGAUUGUGCACGUGAAGAGUCCGGAGAAGAAGGUGAAAGUGACGCGAUACUCCUUCCUGAUGGCGCAGGCUUCUGGUGUGCAUGAGUUGCUCCUGGACGAGAACUACAGAUUGAAAAUGGAUCUGCGCACUGAACAGGAUGAGAACUGCGCUUUAAGGGAGGAAAAUGAUCAGCUUCGGGAGAAAAUGCGGUGUCUUUUGGAUGAAAUGUUGGACAAAGAAGUGAUGAUUCGGCAAAAUCUCAUCCAGGACUCGCUGAACCAGCUUGAUAAGCAGAAGGAAUUGCAGAAUCUCGACCAUCAGCACAAGAUUGCGGCUCUGCAGAGAACUCAUGCGGCCGAAGUGGAAAAGCUGAAGAUACAAAUAAGACUUCUGCAAGCUCAAGUGGAUGGCGAAAGCGACAGUGAUGAUGAUAGUGAUAUUUAUAUCAGUGACUAACAGAAUUUAAUAAGAUUGAUUUGAGACAUCUGAGACAUUGUCAAGUGCUGGAUUUAACACACUAUUCAUUUGAUUUUAAUAUAGUUUUGUAAACCUAUAAAUAGAGAUGAUAAAAUAGAGCUUAAAAUAUAAAGGAAAAUAC